CCAGGAUUCGCUGUCCAUACCGGACAAAUCGAACAAAAACGGAAGUGCAGCAUGAGGAAGAUUGUGUAUGAAAUUAGUUAGCUAACGUUUAUUUGUGUGGUCUUUGAAGGAACGACAAAGAACGUGAUUUGGUGAAGCAACCAUUCUGUUUUAGAUCCCAGUGUAUAGUUAGUCCUCUUGGACUAACCCCUUUCUUUCUCUAAGUGAGAACAGGAACAAAGUGUCAGGAUGGAUCCUGCUCUACUGAGGGAAAGGGAGCUGUUUAAGAAAAAAGCGCUUUCCACUCCAACUGUAGAGAAGAGACAGGCUGCAUCAGACUCUGGAUCACACAAAAAGAAGAAACCCAAAGUUGACAAGGAGGGCUCCUCUGGUUCCAAACUCAGUAGUGAGUCUAACGGCAACUUCAACAUCAAGGCAAGCUCCGGUUACAAGUUUGGUUGCCUCGCCAAGAUAGUAAAUUACAUGAAGACAAGGCAUCAGAAUGGGGACACACACUUCCUGACUCUAGAGGAGAUUCUCGAUGAGACCAAACUUCUUGACAUAAGCAUGAAACAGAAACAGUGGCUCAUGAAUGAGGCCUUGGUCAGCAAUCCAAAAAUUGAGGUCCGGGAUGGAACCUAUGGCUUCAAGCCCAAGUACAACCUGAAGGACAAGAAAGCCUUACUGAGGCUGCUGGACAAACAUGACCAGCUGGGCCUGGGGGGAGUGUUGCUAGAAGAUGUAGAGGAAGGGCUUCCCAAUUCAGCCAAGGCCAUCAAGGCUUUGGGGGAUCAGAUCAUCUUUGUAACAAGACCGGACAAGAAAAAGAUUUUGUUCUACAAUGACAAGCAUUGCCAGUUUUUGGUAGAUGAAGAAUUUCAGAAGCUGUGGAGGAGUGUUCCAGUUGAUUCCAUAGAUGAAGACAAGAUUGAAGAGUACCUGAAAAAACAAGGCAUCUCCUCCAUGCAAGAAACGGGACCAAAGAAAGUGUUACCAAUUCAAAAGAGAAAGAAGCAAGCAGGACAGAGGAAGAGACACUUCAAGACGCACAAUAACCAUUUGGCUGGCGUACUGGAGGAUUACUCAGAUGGCGUGCCUGUAAAGAAGUGAAAUAUUUUCACUUACUAGAAUUUGUAACUCAGAAAUGGAUGGAGAUGGUGAUCGUGGCCUCACUCUAACACAGAGACUUCUGAUGGAUGUUAUUUCAGACAUUAGCUUUUUUUUUUUUUUUCCCUUUGCAUUCCUCUCAACAAUCUCUGGUUUGACAUUACAUGGAGUCAGUAGUCGCUGUGUUGUUAUUCUUCUGAUUAUAAAUCAGUCCUAACUGAAGGAGCUGAAUACUUGGAUCAUUAGGAUAGUCUGCUCCCUUACCAGUUAAAGGGGGAACCACAACCUUACUGUUUAAAAAGUAAAUACAGCUGAAAUGUGUAGUUCCUCCUUUCACAUUUUGUGUAUGUUUAUAUAGUACAAAGUGUGUGUGCAAGGGUUUUAUUUGAAUGGUUAGCAUGCUUUUGUAAUUGCAAAAAGCCUUGUGUUGUGCGACGCAUCGCAUCACACUGAAAACUUCUCCAGCAUGAAAUACCUUCAGCUUUGUGGGGUUUAAAAUAUUUAAAUGCUUUUACUUUGCAGCACCAGGACAGUGUUUAAACAUAUUAGAAUUUUUGAACUUAUUUUAAUAAAUUACACUGUUAAACAAAA